AUUCCUUGCGAUUGUGAAUGUGAACAAAUAACACUUAGUUUGCUUGCUGCUAUCAAUAGUAUUUGAUUGAGGCUAGAAUCUAUAACAAAUAACAAAGUAUCAUAAGCAAGCACCGAAAAUGUUGGUCUUCGUAUAUAAACCGUGUGAGCACCAUGUUUAUCAAAUUGGAUGGAUGGCUACAUGAAAGGGCUACUAUUCACUUAGUGCAGCUAUGGAGUUCUUAAUUAAUAAUUAUAAAAUUUUUGUUGCGUUAUGGACCAGUGGAUUAGCCUGCGGACUUAUAAAUAGAAGGUUGUAGGUUCGAAUCCCAGUCAUGGCGUAUUUUCCUCUUGCAAGAAGUUGAUCCACACUGCUGCACUCGACCCAGAUUGGUCUGAAUCAAAUUAUCGCAUUCGCCAUCUCGUUCUAUUGGUCGAGAGGGAAGAGGCAACCUUGACGUCAUUCGUGAUCGUGAAGUGCAAAAGGUUGUGUUUUCAGCGAAUGACCAAAAUCACCACCGGUUUAUCAGAGAAUGGACGAUCUCCUGAUAGUUAAUAAGGAUGUCCGUGGGUGUCUGACUCUCACACGAAUGGAGCUUACGCGCUAGCAACAGGAGAUCAAAUUUUUCUCCUCGAUAACUUAUAGUAUGUUGACAAUCGGCUGGUCCUGCAAACCUGUUUUGAAGGUAUACCUUCGAAACUGAUAUACGUAUCUAUCUACCAAAAUGAUGUAAAGUCGACUAGUGAAUUGGCUGAAGAGUAAUAUAACACUCUAUUCCACUUCGCCAAGGAAUUGGAAUCUUGGUGAAGCUAUGUGAAAUUUAGGAGCUUCAUUUGUAACAUUUUAACUGUGAAUUGAUUUUUUUUUUGGCGUGGAAAAGUUCCUUGAGAGUGUAGCAUUUCAUGACAAAUAGAAAAUACAACACAGAAAUAUGACAAUGGAUGCCCAUGAUUCAGAUGUAAUGUCUUAUUUGCCCGGGGAAGGACCAAGUCAAAAUGCUAGCGAUGGAUUAGCUUAUUGCGUUUAUUCAUAUGAAAAACUCAAAAGAGUCAACAAAACUGGGUUUCAGUCCGAGAACGAUUUCUUCUCCAACUUGACCAGGACAUGCUACAAUGUUAAUAACUUCACUUGCCCAGCAUAUAUGUAUAACCUAUCUGACAAUGAAUUGAUGGAUCAUUUAGCGUACAUCAUGCCGCCUGCGCAUUAUGAGUAUGCAUUUGUGGUACCGUUUGCAGUUAUUAUUCUUACGUUGGUAGUCUUUGGAUUCUUCGGAAACCUCUUCACCAUCAUAGUGAUCUUGCGGAAUCGUGUCCUGCAAUCCACCUCCCACUAUCUUGUGAGUUUAGCUCUCUCUGAUAUGUUGUUACUCGUGCUGACCGGACCCACGGAAAUUCUGGUGGAACUCAAGUAUUGGCCCUGGACCUAUACAAAGUUUUUCUGUCAUGCUCGAUUCUUCCUGAUAGAAUUUUGUCUUUUUACGACAGUGUUGCACAUAACCGCAUUCACUAUCGAACGCUACGUAGCGAUCUGUCACCCGAUCAAAGCCAAAGCGUUCAUCUCAACCUCUCGUGCCAUUAAAUUCAUUAUCGCUAUCUGGAUCUUAAGUUUUGUCAUCAGCAUCCCUUUGGCUCUCGCUUACCACCUCAAACAAGCGUGCGUCGGAAUCGAAGAGUCCACCGUCUGCCAGACCACAGAUGAAAUGGACAGUCGGGUCAACCAUUUCUACGUCUUUUCAGCAACGUUUCUUUUUCUACUCCCCAUGACUCUCAUCAUCGUACUCUACUCGCUCAUCGCCCGAGUCCUCUUCGGUGUCAACAUCAAGGUCCCCAUGAGAAGAUCGAGUUCCACGAAAUGUCGUAUUCGGGUCAAUGGAAAUCUCAAGGCCAAGGAAGACAAAGAGGACCAAGUUAUUACGAUGCGAAAACAAGUGGUUAAAAUGUUAGUUGUGAUCGCGGCUAGUUUCUUCAUUUGCUGGUUCCCGUUUCACCUGAUCCGCAUCUUGCCCUUCUUCAAUUUGGAUAGUUGGCCUCAGCAUAUCAAAGACAUCUACUACAGGGGGCUUUAUCACUUCUCAAUCGUUUUGCUCUAUGUCAGCUCCGCCAUCAACCCCAUACUGUACAACGUGAUGUCUGCAAGGUUUCGUCGCGCCUUCAAACAGACCAUACUCUGCCGCGAAGUAAGCUCCCCCCACAAUUCAAUGACCACACGGGGUCAUUCGACUUAUAUAACCCGCAUGUCGUCCAUUAAUAGUUCAGCUCUGUGAGGGGAGAAACAAGAUAAUUAAUUGCUUAAUCUUUUGAGAAAAUUAAGGCUUUACAAUUCGAUUACGGGAAUUUAAUUAUUUCUUUGGCAGCUAUAUACUGGGAAGGUUGUAAUCUUCCAAAAAGAUAUUGACGGGAUAUAAGGAUAACGAUUUCGUGAUGGCAAAUACGUGACAAUUUUCAGGUUUCUGACUACAGAUAGUAUUUAAUGCUGUAUCUUUCCCGCCCAGUACAGUGAAGAGUCUCGUUACGACCUUCGUACUCUGUGGGUACGGCGGUUCUUUGGUGAAAUCCAGUCAUGCCUGGAUCGAGCCCUACUGCUGAACUGAUCAACGGAUACAGUCUGAUCAAGACCUCUCAGUCAGUUAGGACUAGUUUAGCAAGAUGAUCGUGAUGAUCAACAGCGCUCUGGCUCACAGCUCAAAUAUUUUAGAAAUCAAGAUAUUCGAGUAGAUCACCAGGGCAAUCGAUCAAGGUCGAAUGGCGCCGAUCAUGGGAGAUUGACUCCGUGUGUCUUGCCGAACUAGAUCGACCAGACUGAACUAUGUCUUGAUCGGGCUUCAUCAAGUAGAUUAGUAAGGCAGUGGGAAACAGGUAUUUUAAAUCCUCCUAACUCAAUUCAAGUGAAUGCUGGUAGCCUCGGACGAAUGGCCAAACAUUUAAGAAUAGUUCCGAUCUUUUACUGAAAGAUUAACAGUCCUUUUAUGGACAACAUUACAUGAUGUAAAAGCAAACCUUAUCAAGUUCCCAUAUUGUUUGUUCCGUAUCUUUGGUAUCCAGAUCCACCACAGGCAAAUAUACAACUGAGUCCAAACUUUUAUAUUAGUUAAUACUAAUAUUUCUUAAAUCAUAAGUUUACUUAUGAUCUAACUUACAAUUUACUCCUUUACUUACAAUUUACUCCUAACCCUACAAGCAGCCGUCGACGGGUCAAUGUAGAUAUUAUUUUAGUAUGGGACUGAACAACAAAUGAGAUCAUGCUUAUCGCAUCCGAGAUUCUCAGGUUUGAGAAGAAUACUUUUUUGUAAGAAUUGGUUUGGUGGAUAAAUGAAUCAAUCGCUUUAUAUGUAUAUAAACGAAAUCCAUUUCAAGUGCAAUGAUGAUUAUACCGGAUUAUACCUCCAUCAUUGUUAUGGAAUUAAAAUUACCGUUUGAAUCAAGGAACAUAAAAACGAUCAUUAGUAUUUAUUUUACAUUCAAUAACUUAGAAUACAGUUGACAAUGGUUGAUAUGGAAAAUGAUGACGUACCCAGUUGUAAAUUUCUUGUUGUAAAUAGUGUCGAUCAAAUUGAUUAACUCAAUUGAUAUUCUUUAGUACAAGAUGCAAAAUGUUCUUGAAAAGGCAAUCGAAACAUCGAGUAUCGUUUGUAAUAAUUUUUUAAUAAUCUUUCUUUUUCAUUUUUUUAACCCUUUAAAAUCAUUUUUUUUUAAAUGACACCAAAAUAAACAUUCGUUAUAUCAGUACGGUCUUUCCCCCUUUAGUGAUGCUACUACCAAGACGUUGUUUCUGAUAAAUAGAACAUCAGCGACUCCAUUCAGUUACAGCUUUGAUAUAUAGAAUCACAACGUGUACAAGCUAAGCGAUUACACUCAUCUCAUCAAAAAUCACAUUGAAAUCGGUACAAAUAAUCGGGAAUUUACCCACGCGCGAUUAAAAAAUUAAUAUACUUUUGAUGGACAUUAUUUUUUAGAUGCAUAUCAAAUUAUAUAUAAAAACACAUACAAGUGUGAGAAAUUAUACAUGUACAAAAGCUUUGGCAACUCUAUUAAUAUAAAUGUUGUGAAAGAAAUGGGGGGGGUAAGAGAACAAUAGAAGGCGUAUAGCGUAAAGUUCCCCAGAGGGUUAAUCGGAUCGAGUUGUCCUAGCACCAUCCCUUCUCUGUGGUCUAGUGGUCAUGGUGGUUAAGGCACCGGCGUUCUUAGCUGGGGGCCCGGGUUCGACUCUCGGCAGAGACAUAUAUGAAGCCUCGCCAAAUUGCCAAAAGGUAGGAUAAACUCUGGGAACAUUUCUUCAAGAUGGGUAUAUUUUGUAUUAUUAUAGUCACAGGUAACCGUAGACGAAAUAUAAGCUGGUAAUGUGUAUAGAGUAUACGCGCGCACAUUGUUUGCGUUAGAUAUCAUAGAAAAGGGGAGGGUGGCGCCGAGAUAGUUUGAUACGGGUGGGGACCGGGGAGAUGGCCUACAUAACAGAGCUCCAUGUAGAGCUACACAGUGUAGAUCUAUCUUCUUCUUUUUUUAUAGCAUUCCUUCCCAAUGGUCCCCUUUCAUUCAUUUUCUUCCUCUCUUUUCUUCACUAUUAAACUACCGAUCAGCUCCCAUGGGCCUAUAGGAAUAACGUGACUGUACUAAGGGUGACACAAUUGCAAAAAAAAAAAAUGAGUGAAAAUAUUUACAUAAUAACUAUUAUCUUACUGUUGCUACUUGUGCCUGAUAGGCCAUGCCCCCACCUGAAAAACCAAACCC